CAUGACGUACGAGAAUGUGCGAGAAAGUAUCCAAAGUCGGAACAAAGUCUGAAAAAGCAAAAAUCCCUCUAUCAUUAACAAAAGCUUUUUGAUUUCAGCCAUGUCUUCCACUACCGCCGGGCCACACAUCCUUGCCUAUCCAUACCCAGACUCCGGUCACAUCAUACCUCUUCUCGACCUCAUCCACCGGUUACUCGCCCGUGGCCUUACGGUCACCGUUUUGAUCAACCCCGACAACCUCCCUUUGCUCCACCCACUCCUCUCCAUCCACCCUUCUUCAAUCCAACCCUUGGUUCUCUCCGCCCCGGAGGUUCACGAUCCCCCACGAAAGACUCGCGUUGCUAAGGUGCGCGCGAUGAGCGAACUUUACUAUCCUAUACUCCUCCAGUGGUUCCGUUCCCACCCUUCCCCCCCUGUAGCUAUUAUCUCCGAUUACUUCCUCGGCUGGACCCACCACCUUGCUUGCGAGCUCGGCGUGCGACGUCUCGUCUUCUCGCCGUCCGGUGCCUUUGGCUUCUCAGUUCUUUCAUCUGUGUGGCGAGACCUACCCAAACCAAUUGAUCCUAAUGACAUGGGUUCGCCAAUAUCGUUCCCCAAAAUCCCUCAUUCCCCGGAUUUUCCUUGGCGGCAGAUCUCUCGUCAUUAUAGAAAUGGUAAGGAAGGAGACCCAGAUUGGGAACUUUUCAGGAGUGACAUGCUCGAUGACAUAGCCAGCUGGGGUAUCGUUUUCAACUCGUUUGCUGAGUUGGAACGAGUUUACUUGCAACACCUGCGCGCUGAACUCGGGCAUGAUCGAGUCUGGGCUGUGGGCCCGUUAUUGCCUCCGGAAGACAGCCUUAUAGGACUUGCUAAGCGAGGUGGGUCCAGCUCGUUGCCCUGUCAUGAGGUUAUGACGUGGCUAGGCGCGCGACAUGACAAUUCGGUCGUUUACGUGUGCUUCGGGAGUCGUACGUCGUUGACAAGGAAGCAAAUGGAUGUGCUGGUUGAUGCUUUGGAGCAUAGUAGGGUCCAGUUUAUUUUGUGCGUUGGGGUGGGCCGUGGGCGACACGUGGGCGAUGAUGUGGGAGCAAUUCCGGAAGGGUUCGAAGAUCGUGUGGAGGGUAGGGGUUUAGUGAUAAAGGGGUGGGCCCCACAGGUGGCCAUACUGAGGCACCGAGCGGUGGGUGCGUUCUUGACUCACUGCGGAUGGAACUCGGUGCUGGAAGGGCUCGACGCGGGGGUGGUGAUGCUGACGUGGCCAAUGGGUGCGGACCAGUUCACAAAUGCGAAACUAUUGGUUGAGCAGUUAGGCGUGGGAAUUAGAGCUGGUGAGGACAUGGAGAACAUUCCUGAGUCGACUGAGUUAUCUCGUCUAUUGGCUGAAUCUGUGAAUGCUACAAGGCCCGAGAGAGUCCGAGUCAAGAAGCUCAGUGAUGCGGCUUUGGGUGCGAUCAAAGGAGGGAGCUCGGAUAAAGAUUUGGAUGAGCUCGUGAAGCGGCUAGCCGCUAGGUGACGUUUAGAAUUUUGAAUGGUUCCUUCCUUAAUGUUUUCCAUGAGAUUUGAAUGUGAAUGAAGUCUAUUCCUUUAUUUGAA